AUGAGAAAACGUAAGCAGCAAGUCAUUGAGGAAAACCUAAUUUUAUCUUCAACAUCUGAUGUAGGAUACUUUGAUCCGAUCCCUAUUGAUCUAGUCAUCAAUAACAUCUUCUCGAGAUUGUCCGGUAAAUCUAUGGGAAAGUGUCGCUGCGUAUCCAAACUCUGGUCGUCGAUUCUCCGCCAUCCAAAUUUCAACCAGUUGUUCCGGUUUAAUUCUCUGGAUCCACCGACGAGGUUUCUUUUCACUUUCUUUGUUGGAGAAAACUUGUUCUACUUCUCUUCACCUCAACCUCAGAAACUAAAUGAGAAUCUGUCUCUUGUAGCCACUCGUCAUCAUGCUACGAAUUAUUACAACACAUAUGUCUCUCAAAUCUGUCGUCCUGUACAUGGAUUGGUCUGUCAUAAACGCUGGGAUGAUUAUACAGUCGCUGUGAUUUCUAAUCCAGUCACUGGACAGUCUUUAACCUCACCCAAAUUGACAAAGAUAAAUCUGGUAACACUCUAUUUUGGGUAUGAUCCUAUCGAGAAAGAGUUCAAGGUAUUGUGUAUAACUUGUGUGCUUCCUGGAGUAUAUUAUCUUGAGCAUCAAGUUCUCACUUUAGAGACUGGAGUCAAGGAGCAAUAUCUUAUGGAGAUAGUGGGGAACUUGUGUUGUGCUCAACAAAUGAGAAAACGUGAGCAGCACGACACGCAGGAAAACCUAACAAUGAUCCAAUCCAAUAAACGAUCUUCAUGUUAUGAAGGAGGAUUCUUCGAUCUGAUCCCUGUUGAACUCGUCAUCGAUAUCUUUUCGAGAUUGUCGGUGAAGUCUAUGGCAAAGUGUCGCUGCGUGUCGAAGCUCUGGUCGUCGAUAAUUCGCCGACCAAAUUACAACCAGUUGUUCCCGCCGAUUAAGUCUCCGGAAAAACCGAGGUUUCUUCGUUGUUGCCAAAAAGAUUUUUUCUUCUCUUUACCUCAGCCUCAGGAUCCGGAAGCUAACUCGUGUCUUGUAGCCACUCGUCAUCAUCAUCAUAAUACGGAUUCCACCAAAAAUUUCCAUAAAAGUAUGUCGUCCGUACACGGAUUGGUCUGUAGCCAAUUCACAGGAAAGGACUAUACAGAGGCUGUGAUUUAUAAUCCCAUCACGGGAGAGUCUGUAACAUCACCAACACUGAGAAAAGAAGACUUGGAGUGGAAGGCAGAAUGUUAUUUUGGGUAUGAUCCAAUCGAGAAUGAGUUCAAGGUAUUGUGUGUAAUCUGGUUUCGUUGUGAAGACAAGAAGUGGGGUGUUCAGCAUCAGGUUCUCACGUUAGAAACUGGAAACCUCUUGUGGAGGAAGAUCCAAUGUUGCAAGCCUUACUAUUUUCUUAGUGAAGACGGUAUAUGCAUCAACGGUGUUUUGUAUUAUACAGAUGGUUAUAAUGGCGACGAAAAACGUACCAUCGUUUGCUUUGAUGUUAGAUCAGAGAAGUUCAGCUUCAUCAACAUCGAUCAAGAGUACUUGGCAAGGAAAAAGAUUACUAGUAUUAGUGCCAGAUCGAUUCUGAUAAACUACAAGGGCAAUAAACUAGGUGUUAUUGAUUACGACAAAGAAAACUAUCUUCUUGAGUUGUCGGUGUUAGAGGAUGCCAAGGAACGUAAAUGGUCAACUCACAUCCAUCCACUGCCUCGUAAAUGGCGAUCCUUUGCUGGAACCUGGCUGUACAAAGGCUCACUCUUUGCUGCAAUGACUAGAAGUAGUAGUAAGGGAAGGUACACAAGAGUUCCUUUUUACAUGUAUUACUACAAUCUCGAGAGUAACGUUAUGGUAAGAGUUAAAGUUGAAGUUCAAGAACCACAAGCUCUUAAAAGUUUAAGAUCUUACGUAUUUGCAAACUUUGAAGAGGAUGUGAAGCUUAUGUAA